GUGCGAUACUGUGCUGUUGUGAAUUUUGAUUACAAUGUUACAUCCUUCCGUAUAUGUCAUCAGUGCGGCUGGAUUAAAAUGUGCUCUUUGAUAUCUUUGCAUUUGUUGCCAGUUUUUAUGAGCAUCACAGGUUUUGGAAAUUUGUUCUCAGAACUCAGUUCUUUUGAGGAAGAAGAUUACGAAAGCGGUUGUCAUGGUGACGAAUAUAUUCUAAACUCAACAACAAAUGGAAAUAUAUCGCUAUCACAAGAGUUUUAUGAAUUACCCAAUACAACUGCUGUGAAUUUAACAACCAGCACUGAGCUUCAUUGCUUUAUGUCAAGUAUACGAGUGGUUUAUCUUCAUGCAUAUUGGAGGAAAUCAGGGGCACAAAAUAUCAUCAGCAGUAACAACACCCUUCAUUUAAAAAAUGUAUCAUUCAAUGACACUGGAUAUUACGUCUGCUUUGUUCAAUACCAAACGUGUGAAGGCUUUACCGUGUCAAACACCUCAAGUGUCUUAACGAAUAAUAGUAACGGAACCAGUCCCAGUAACGUAAUCAGGGACAGCCAUGUAACCAAUAGCAGUGACGUAACUACGGGCAGUAACGUAACCGCUGGCAGUAACGUAACCAAGGGCAGAGUCGUAAUUAGAAACCUGACCAGAACUGUACACGUCGAUGUUCAGGGCCCACCUCUAUUGAUUCAACCAACUGACAGAAAAGUAUUUCAUGUCGCCGAGGGACAGCGUAUACAAUUCGUCAUCUCCAUAGCCAGCUCUCCAACACCCAAGCAACGUUUGACCGUUUCCAAGGCAAACAUGGAACAAAAACGCAGCAUUGGUGUAGAAUUUUAUAGUACAGAACGUUCCACACUGAAGGCAGUGGUUGUUCCUCUUGAAAUGCCCCUCUACUCAGCAGACGUGAGAUUGACCAACAUUACAUCAACAUGGACAGGGGACUACAUUCUAUUCGUCAAUAAUUCGCAUGGUUACGUCACUUAUAAUUUCUCUGUCGACGUUGUCAUACAAGAAAAAGCGUCUCUAUGGAACACAAACUCAGAGGUCAUAGUGAUAGGAAGCAUCGGGGGGUUGGUACUUCUGACUCUCGUGGUGGGAAGCGUUGUAAUGUAUCGCACCCGACACAAACAAAAAUUCUUGCAGGAAACUGUGAAAGAGCUAGAGGAAGCAGAGAAGAAAGGAAGUAUAGACAGUCUGGAUAUCUGGCGCCGUGAAGACGGAAAUAAAGAAUUCGAUAAUUCUACACAGGAAGACGACCCAUAUCUUCGACUCCAAAGUUUGAACACUUUUAACAAUCCGGAAGAACCAAUCUAAAAAUGGACGUUAAGGAAAGAUCUUCAGACGGUGACGUUCGGAUUUAUCACCAAUUCAAGAACGCUGUGUUUUAACUUUCACGUCCACCUUUUUUUCAAUUUUUAAAAGAAAUUGUCAUUUAACUUCAACUCUUUAGAUUCCCAUACUGACAUUUUCAUGUUUAACGAUGAAUUCUUUAUCUUACAAGAAAUCUUUCCAAAAUACCAAGUACUGUUACAUCUCAGCUAGACCAUAUAUCUUUAUACCCAUGCAACAAAGCCACAAUGCAGGACUGUUAUAUUUAGGAUGCAUUUCUAUGGAUCAUUCAAAGGGCUUUAUUAUAGUCGUUGACCAUGAAGGUCAUUGGUCCACUUUGUUUCUUAUGGAAGGAAAUCAGUCUUUCACAUAUAUGUAAUGACCAUAAUACGUGUUGUUGCUAUGAGUUCAAAAAUCUUGCAGCUUCAUUCUGUCAUUGUUUUAUCAGUUUGCUAGAGUUGAGACACAUGGUUAAUAAAAUGUUCAAAUCCUGACA